UACUGCAUAUACUGUUGGUGUCAGUACACUGUUAGCUUACCUAGUUUAAAAAAAACAAAACAUACAUUACAAAUUUGUUCGCAAGUUUGGUUACAGUUGCUUCUUCAAAGUAAACCUUCACCGACUUUGGUCAUCAUGGUCUUAUUUGCAAUGGGAUGGAAGAUCGUGAACAUCGCACACACGUUUUGCUUUAAAUGCUCACCCGAUGGACCAUGCUGCAGAUACUCUCUAUGGUCAAUAUAAUGACUUUCUUUUAAGUUAUCCUUCGGUUGGCAAGGUGUGAAUGCUUUUGGUUUUUGAAAUGUCUGAAUUGGUGUUACUUACUAUGUUUAUUCUCUCACCAGUUUUAAGAUAGUUUUUACGCCAGUGAAAGCAAAAGCCAUGUUUUGGACACACAGUUCAUCUGCAACAGACCUAGUGGCAUGUGUUUGUGACAGUACAGUAAUUGGUGGAUGCCUCUGCUGAGCAGAUAACCACAGCUCUAAUACACUAAAGUUCACCCUAUUUUUGCAAAUUUAUACCUAGUUCCAACCUAACAUCCAGGGAACCGCUUUGCACAUUACUAAAUUAGCAUAUUUAUAAACAAAGAACACAUGAACAACUAAUGACAAUUAACUGAGAGAAUUCACAAACACUGUUAGUCAUCAAGUGGCCAAGCACUUUUUUAAGUGGCCCAGAGAUUUACUGGGAUGAAAAACUGUAUCUGUGACUGAUCAUUUUACCUUUGUGCAGCAUUUUCUGUCAAUGCUGCUGCUAUGAGUUGUCCAGAUUGUAUGCCGUAACACCGGUGGACCGGCAUGUAUGUAAAAUAUGGAAGGUUCUUUUCAAUUUUCACUCCCACUUCCCACCCCAAGAAGUGAGAAUCCAGGGAUGAAGAUUGUUUUCCAUAAAGUAACGUCUGCCUCAGUUGGCCCUGAGAUACACAAUGCUAUGAGGACAAUGUUUGCUGACCAGCAUUGGAUCAUAUGAGGAGUCCUCCAGGUGAAGUGGAUACAUUCUGCUGUAUCUGAAGACUCCUCUGAGUGUGACAAUGCCAGAAAUGACAGAGAUGACAGAGAAUCAGACUCCUUUAGAGAAGCCCCACAGGAAGAAAAACAGGGAAUCUCACAAUGCAGUUGAGAGACAUCGGAAAAAAAAGAUAAAUUCGGGAAUCAACAAAAUAGGAGAGCUCAUUCCCUGUUCACCAGCUUUGAAACAGAGCAAGAACAUGAUUCUGGACCAGGCUUUUAAAUAUAUAGUAGAGUUGAAGAAACAAAACGAUGAGCUGCUUCUGAACCGGGGCGACAAGGAACAGGCUGAAGAGAUUAAAAGACUCAGAAAACAACAAGAAGACCUGAGGAAGGAGAAUGGCCACUACAUUGAACUGUUGAAGGCUAAUGGCAUCAAUUUCCAGGAUGACCCCACUGUCCAUUGGAGAGGAAACAUGAAAAAAGCUAAAGUGGCAAUGGUCAUUCCUACCCACCAGGUUCAGAAGGGAAUCAUUGUUUUCUCAAACUGCAACAAAGUCAAUCCCAGCUGUCCAGAAGCUGUAGUCCAGAAUGUGGUGGUGAAUGCUGGGCCGAGUUUACAGGAGCAGACUGCUGAUCCUGUGACUAUACAGAAUUUGUGUAAUGUGACUGUCCCUGAACUCUGCUGGAAAGGGCCCCAGCUGCAGGACAUUGCACCUACAACAUGUGCAAAACAGCAGGCUCAGCCAAACCUUCCUACCACCCUUUCUACGACUAAAAACACCAUUGCCAACUAUUCAUCUGCCAGAACGGUGCACAACACUCAAAGUUUGCCUGUUUCCAUUUCCCAGAAUGACCUUCCUGACUGUUUCACAACUAGUAGUGAUGUGCAAGCUCAAACAGCACUUUCAGCUGCCAGCAGCAAACCACAGACUGCAAACUCGGCACAGACCAUUCCAGCAAAUGUUACCACCUCAAAUCUUUUACAUCUACAGCCAUUGCAUUUACAGCAGAUUAAAUCAAAUUCGGUUUUCCAGGAGCCAGCGUUGCAGGCUUCAUUACAAGCCUCUCCCCAGAGAACCUUGAUUUCUGAAAAGCUUUCCACAAUUGCCCUCAAUAAGAGCACAUCUGUAGCAAAUCAUAGCAUGCCACCAACAGCCACAGCUCAAGUUUUGACUUCUAUCAAUACUUUACCGUGUUUAGAUAAUACCUGCGCUUUCCCAUGUUCUUCUUCCAGUAUUAGCAAUGAUAUAAACAGUGUGAACACUUUUACCAGGAUAACUUCUGGUAACACCCAGACCACAUGGACUACACUACAGCUUGCUGGAAACACUGUGCAGCCUUUGAACCAAAUGCCUUCUGGUAUUAUGCCCGCUUCGAUGAAUGAAACCCUCACAAAUGCAUCAUUAGACAGCGGGAUUCUUAAUGGGUGCAACAUAGUCGCUCCAGUUGGCUUUAAAGGGACUUCUUUGUGUCCUGCAGGUAGUCAGCAAGUACAUUCACAAAUAGCUGCAGUUUCCUUGCCCUCUCUCCACUCUGUUCCUAUACAGCCAGUGUUAGCACAGCCCCAGAUCGCUAUUCAGCCACAACCUAAUGUCCUCCCAUUGCUACAAGCGAUGCAGGUUAUCCAGAUGACUAACCCUGCUGGUGCAACCGUCCCUCAAGCUGGUGCUAAUCCAAACGUUGUCAUCCUACAACCAGCGAACACUGGCCCAACACCAGCUGUGGUUAGGGAGGGCAUAGCCAAUCAAACUCCAUGUCAGCAAAUAGUAAUCAUUCAAGCAGCCAAUCAGAAUGCUGUACUUCAGAAUCAACAAACAACUGUUGCACCAUCUGCUCUCCCAGUAGCCAAUCAUGUUGUUACUUCCAGCUGCCCAGUUCAGACCCCAAGUCUCCAAACUGUGGGUGGCAAACACCUGGUGCAUAUUCUGCCUAGACCACUUGCUGCCUCUGACAGUCAACAGCAAGCUCAGACCAUUUCAGUGAAUGGUCAGAUCUUUGCAUUGCAGCCAGUAAAGCCUUCCCGUGGAGUGUGCAACCAGAACCCCAUGCAAAUUGUCCAGCCCACAACCUGUGAAGACCCAACAACAAAUGUAGCCCUUAACACUUUAGGCGCUCUCUCUAACCUGAAUCAGAGUAUCUCGCAGAUGGCUGGCCAGAGUCGUGUGCCACUCUCUGUGGGUCAGACUUCUACCCAAGGAGCAUCAUCUACUAGCAGCCAGAUAAACAACCCCACAUCCAACAUCAGUGUUUCAGCCUCGAGUACAAGCACACCCAGCAACUCAGCCUUGUCUGUCUGCUCGAUAUCAAAAAACAUAUGCAGCAGCAGUGCAGUGAAAAUGUUAAAGAAACCCAGCACACCUGCAGGUUCCAAACCUAAAAGGACUUCUUCGAAGAAAUCAAAAUCCGCCAAACAACGGUCUUCACCUCUAAAGGCAUCUAAACCUACAUGCAGCCAGCCGUCAAAUGUUGAUGUGCAACCACAACUUCCAAGUAAGGAGACUCUGUUUGUAUCGGAGCACUUAACAGCUGCAUCAAAGUCAACUUCCAAUACACCAGUAACAUCCUCUUCUCCACUUGUAGUGUCUUCUGGAUUAUCCCAGUCUGCUCCUAGUAAGGAAUAUGUUGCAAAGGAGCCAGUAGCAACUACUGCAUCAUCCUGUUCUGCGCCUGCUGAAUCUGUCACAGUACAACAGCCAGGCUUAAUUACCCCAGCAUUGUGUGUAGAAGAAACAGCAUUGACCCUGCCACAAACAACUUUUCAAGACAGCCAGACAACAAAUGUGUCCUCCACCAACACUUCCUCAUCGGAAUCUUUGUCAUGCAUAAUGACCAAUAUUUCUGAACUGUCUGCUCAAAUCUCAAUGUCUUGCCUUAAUACUCUUCCGCUACAAUCUAUAGGAUGUGAAACCGGUAUAAUGGAGUCCCAAAAUAAGUUACUUUCCUGCAGCAGAUCUGGAACUUCUGCAACAUCUGUCAGUUUUCCAGAGCCUAAGAUUCAAAGACCAGACCAGUCUACUAUAACAUCAUCAUCAUCUUCCAUAGCCGAGGCCAGAUCCAUUGCAGCAGAACCUAAGCAGACAACAGCUCAUUCAGAAAUUAAUAAAGAUAAAAUAUCAUCACACCAAUUUACCUCUCAAGGUGAUGCAAACACUAGCUUCUCUCACUCGAAGGAGCCACCAUCUAGUGACUUAACUGAUAAAGAAGAUCAUAACCGAGAUAUUUUGUUGGUCAACAACAAGGAAAAUGCCCCACAGCAGCAGGCUUGUGUAUUAGAUCACGAGGGUGUAGGCAGUUCCUUGCUUUCCAAUAGGCAGUCAGACUCUCCAGUGUCCACCAGCUCUGGCAGCAGCCGGGGAUUCUCUGUGGCAUCCAUGCUCCCCAAUGCCAAUCGAGAAGAUGUCCCUUGCGUUGGCACGUCAGGAAACUCGUACAACAGUUUCAGUUUCUCAGAGCAAGCGGAUAUCUUGGCUCUUGCAGCCACAGCCAUUUUUGACCAAGAAAGCCAAAACAAGAAAGGUGUAACCAGUGGCUCUGAAGUACCCAUACAUAGACAAGUUUCUGUUAACCAGCAGCCUCCGUCCGUCAACAAAGAGAAGAAUGGCAGCCAACAGCCUAAAAAAAUUCAGGAGAUAAAGGAAAGUAUUUCAAAACACACAGAAGUCCAACCAGUAAAGUUACCCUCCCAAGUUCAGCUAAACAGUGAAAGACCAAAAACGGUUAGCAGCAGUUCUGCUGGUACAAAUCUACCCGUGUUAAUUUCAGCCUCCCAGUCGUCAGCCUCAGCAGGCUGUCUGAGUGUUAAUAACUUAAUACGACAGAACACUGUUAGCCAACCUUACGUCUGUUCUAACCUGAAUCCUCCAGACAACCCUCCAGUUUCAGUGAACAUGCCAAGAUCGUCUUCCAGUUCUUUCACGACUCACUGUAGUGGACCGACACAAAUGUUGGAAUACACUCACAAGAAUGUUGCCAUGAGAAGCCAGGUUGUUCACGAUUUACACAUGAAGCAGAACAGCGAGCAUCACAAGGAUGCUUCCAAGCGUGCUUCUCAAGAGGACCUCCUCCUUCCAACAAACAAGCGACAGAAGCAGUGCCACAGCACCAGUUUAACAAGGCUUGAGGUCAAGUCUGCAUUGGGCAGAGCCCUGGAAAAUGUACCGGAACAUCCUCAAAUUAUGGUUAGCCAACUUCCUUCUAGUUCCACAAGCUCAGUCAUCUCAAGUAACAACAACCAGGGUCAUGAUGGUCUCAGCACCUUGUUUUCAACAAACAGUUUCAUGCAUUCAGUUCUGAGGCAAUCCGAGAUACAAUGUGCACCCCAACCUGCAGUUCAGGAGAAACAACAAGGUCAGCAAAGUGGACAGCAUUUACAGCAGCAUCCCCACCAUGCUGCUUCCCAAGCAGCGCUUCACCUUCACAGCAACAAUCUGUAUCUCAAACAGCAGCAACAGCAGCAGCAGCAGCAGCAGCAACAACAACAACAGCAAGAACAGCAGCUUCAGGGACAAAUAAGAGAAAGGCAUCAUUUAUAUCAGCUACAGCACCACCUUACUCAAUCAGAGAGUCAGCCAGUCUCCCAGCAGCACCAUAACGUCCACCAGCAGAGGACUAUGCAGCAAGAAGUCAAUAUGCAGAAGAAGAGAGGUCUUAUACGAGGAGCACAGGUUGGACCCCAGAUGUCUUUACAGCAGAAGCAGCACCACAAUGGUGGUGGGGAUCAGAAUAUACAGCAGAAAGGUGGACCGCCACAUUCUCAUCACCAGCACCUUCAACAGCAGAUACAGCAACAGCAUUUUGGAGGGCCACAUCCAGAGAAAGGGUGUGAGAACCCAUCCACAAGCAGGAGUCACCAUGCCGGGCAUCCCCAAGGCCAUCUCAGUCAAGAAAUCCUGCAUCAGCAGCAUCAACAGCAGCAACAACAGCACCAACAACAGCAAGAGGGCAGCAACAGCCGGCAACAAGGAGUUCAGGUUGAUCAUGUUUUAGGGCAGAAUCAAAUGCAGAUGCUUAUGACUUCCAGGACUUUAGAGCAACAGAUGAAUUCACAGCCAAGCAUUGUAUCCCGACCUUCUGAUAUAACAUGUACUCCAACCAGGCAGGAAAGGAACAGGAUUUCUAAUUAUUCUGCUGAAGCUCUCAUUGGGAAAUCCACUUCCACUACAGAGCAAAGAAUGGGUAUGUCCAUCCAAGGGCCCCGAGUGAAUCAAGAGCAGUCUGAUAUGAGGUCAUACCUUGAUGUUUCAAGGAGCAAAGGUAUAGUGCACAACAUACAAGGCAGGAUCUCGGUAGAACACCCUGUAGUUUCUGAUGUUCAGCGGGUUUCAGAGUGUCCCCCGUUUAAGACAACUGGGGGAAACCAGCAUCAUUUUGAAGUGCAGGCUUCCCGAAACAGCGACAUGGCAGCUAAAGUGGUGCCAUCACACAGAGGAAUGCAGUCGCAAGGUUUUAGGAUAGGACAAGCCCCAUCCAUUGACAGGCAACAAAGAGGAUCUUACCAGCCAGCUCAAGCAGGGGGUGGUAUUCCACCUAGAGAGAAUGAGAACUCCUGCCAUCAAAGCUUCAUGCAGAGCCUGCUGGCUCCUCACCUUGGGGAACCUAUUAGUGCAAACCAGAGGAUUUCUGAUCACCAGAGGAAUGCUCAGUGCUGUCCACCGGUCAGUAUGGAAUAUAAUUGUCCUCCAAUCAGGGAGAGUGUCCACGUAAGGAGAGAGAGUGAGGCUUCGAACCGGGAAAGCUGCAACAUGCCCUUAGGCGUGAUUAGCUCAAGAAACAACUCUGUAAACAUUUCCUUCUCCAGCUCCUCUACAGCCGGGGACAUCCAGAACAAAAACACAAGUCCUGUUGUUGCUGCACAAAAGCCCAACUCUAUGAGGAUAAAUGAUAGUCAAGGAAAUAAGAGUCACUUGAAUCAACAGGUUACCACCAACAUGCAUGGAACUGGUGUCAGGCCAGUCCUUCCUCAUACUGUGGUCUCCCAUGGCAGCUCUGAACAAAGCCGUUCCACAGUUCGCUCUCUAAACACAUCUGCAAGCCACCGCUCUAGGCACCCAGCACAGGACGCCCAGAGCUCGAAAAUACGUCCCUCUGAAAGAACUGGGUCUGGAAACCGAAGGCAAGGCAACACCUUUGACCCGAACACCCAUAUUCCUCUAACCUCAAACAGUGGUAUGAUUCGCCAGCAGAUUGCUGCUGAGAGACGUGGAAGCAUUGUGCGCUUUAUGGCCGACAGUCCACAAGUCUCAGCUGACAACCUAGCCACAGACCAGCAUGCCUUAUCACAGAACUUUGGCUUCUCAUUUAUUCCUGACAGUGGCAUGAAUCCUCCCAUAAAUUCUAAUGCUUCCUUUAUCCCUCCAGUUACCCAACCCAGUGCUACACGAACACCAGCUAUCAUACCAGUGGAGCCACAGAAUACCCUGCCAUCUUUCUACCCUUCAUACUCCACUGCUGCCCACCCAAGCCUGUCUAACGAUAUCUCCAUACAAUAUUUCUCCAAUCAGAUGUUCACCAGCCCCAGCACAGAGAAGGCUAACAGUGGGGGUCUGAACAACCGCUUUGGAUCCAUUCUGUCUCCUCCCCGGCCAGUAGGUUUUGGACAGCCAAGCUUUCCUCUGCUUCCAGACAUGUCCUCGAUGGCGAUGGCCAACACCUCGGGCAUCACUCCUCACCUCUCCAACUUUAACCUAACCUCUUUGUUUCCCGAAAUCGCUACUGCGCUGCCUCCUGACGGCUCAGCCAUGCCCAUGUCUCCCCUGCUGUCCUUGACCAACACUACCACCUCUGACACCACCAAGCAGCCUUCCAACAGACCAGCGCACAACAUAAGCCAUAUUCUAGGGCAUGAUGGUAGUUCAGCUGUUUGAAAGAUACGCCAUCUGUAAGCCUAGUCCUGGCAAUGUCUUAAACAGUAAGUAGCGGUGUUCCGAAAAAAAUAGCUUUCCACGUCCCCACGUGUUGCUACAACUGUUUAAAUAACGUACCUGUCAUUUUUCUUUUCAUUGUUAACAUGCUGACAACUUUUUACAAUUACAUCUUUGAAGUCUUUUUCAAAGCUCUUUUCAAAAUGUCUGCUCUAGUGCACUGAUCGUGUAAGGACUGUUGCCCACAUUGUUAAACAGGUAACACAGCAAUAAGAUCCAUGAUGUACGGAACAGAAAAGCCAGAGCACUUUUUUUUUUUUUUUAUUGCAGUACAUUUUAAUUUAUCACGCACAUUGCACUAGAUGUGUUAAGUUUUUGCAGCAGUGAUAAGUUUGCACCAUAUUUUACACUUUGACAGAGUGGAAUGAUGGUAGCAUUAUACCAUAAUCUUUGAUGCAGUAAAUCAUUGGUACUCGCUUGUGGCUUUUCAAACCAGGUAAUUGAAACUAGUGCAAAAAAUAAUAUUGUGGUUAAAUUCUCUUCAGUUUUAAGUUGCUGUUUGAAUUAUAAUGGUGCUAAUCAACCCUAGUCACAACACAUUUAACAUAGUCUUUUAUGUUUUUUUUUAAAGCCUAUAUAAAGUCAUGCAUUUAAAUUUAAAUUAGUUUUUAGUGUUAAAAAGUUAUAUUAUCAGUGAUAACAAACUAGUUCACCUAAAUUAAACUCCUAUUAUUUUUUUAUAUAAUUAAAGCUGUCCUAAUGUGUUUAUUUCUCUGUUUCAUUAAUGCCAUGAAAAUGGACAUCAGUGUUGGUUCUCAGACCUCAUGAAUGGUUUGCUACAGUACUGCAAUCUAGCUGGUCUGUUUUAUCAUUUGUGCUUUAGCCAGAAGAUGGGGCUAGAUAGUCUGUAAUAUUGUGAACCAAAAGGUACCUUCUUAACUUUAUUGUGUUAGUUUAAAACAAGUCUUACUAUUUUUACUUUAGGUAUAAUUUAACAAAACAAUUGUAGUUUUACUGUUGACACCAGUGAUUAAUGCAAGUGUGUAGUCGCCUUAUAUUAGGUAAACCACAGUUUAAAAAAAAAAAAAAAACACCAUUCCUUUAAGAUGGCCUGUUUAGGAUGUGGAUUCUGGCAGGGUAUGUUACUUUCCCUUUGAAAUGGCAGCUGAGCCAAACUGAUUCCAACAGCUGGUGUUUAUAAGAUCAUUGUAUAUUUGUGUCCCCUCUAAGGUGUGAAUGGAAAGAUAGAUGGAGGCUGUUUUGUUUUUUGAAGUAUGAGGCAUGUCUGCAUUUUCAGUAAUGUUUGAAUGACUCGGUUGUCAGUUGUGUGUCACUGUAGGGUAUUGUAUAAUUUAUACACGGCUACAGGGAUUACAUUAACGAUGUCUAAAUUCCUGCCUCAGUUUGGCAUCCUGAACAGCUCUUCCUGGUGUAGAAAUUGUGUUUGCUGUACAGGGAAGUUGGCAAGACACCACCUGCUCCCAAGUUUUUUAUAUUAAAAGCAUGUUCCUGUAUCUUCUACAUUUUUUUAAGUCAUUAUUUUCAUUGCGUGCUUUGAAAAUUGGAGCGCCUGAUUUUCCAGUGUAGAAAGAAAAACUGUUUUCUUGGCUUGCUGUGUAAAAAGCAAAACAAAGCACAAGGAGUGACAGGUUUAUACACUGCUCGCUGACUUCCCUCAGCACUGCUAAUUUGUAAAAUUAUGUAGAAAAGCAACUUGUGAUAAAGAAGAUUUUGUGCUUGUGUUGCCUUUUAAAGCUGCCCCUACAUGGGUUCAAAGUUCUGUCAGCAGCUUUUAUUAAUGUUCAGACCUGUCUACUGCCUUUGUUCCUCAGCUAAAGUUGGCACCGGUAUUUCUACAGGAUGUAUACAGUACAUGCUGCAGAACGCUUCAAUGUAAAGAAGGUGGUGUUGCGUUAUCAGAGUGCAGGUAAUAGACAAGGCCUCGCUCUGGUUCCUGAGACUUGGCUUUUAAAGCAAGUUACUUUCAAAUUGAUUUUAUAAUGUCCUAGCUCACAAGUAAUAGUACGUUAUUUGGGGGCAGCAAAUUCACAUGGCUUAAAUAUUAUAGUGGAAGCUGAAUAGUGUAUAAAUGUUGAAUUUCCUAUUAUUUCUUAUACUGUUAAUUUUAGAACAAUUAAAUGAAAUGGUACGUAGCUUAAACUGAUUUUCUUUAUCUUUUCACCCUUCCCUUAACUUUAUCAUUCUGUGUGGUUCUGUUGCUGCAACGCUGACAUUUUCUCAAUAUCAAAAUCUUUCUGACGUCGUCUAUAGAAUCAGGUAGAUUAUAAUAGAGAGGAACUCACAACCACCCACAAUGAUUGUAAAAACCAUGAAAGGUAAGAGAAAUGGGGGGAAAAGAAUCCAAUGAAAUAUGGAGCUACUUAUAAUAAUGUAUCACGAUGGAAUGUGAAAGAUAGAUUCAACAGCAAUUCCAUUACCGUGUGCCACCCAAUGUGGGAAUUCAAGUGGUCGCUAAUGGGAAUGAAUUCGAUUUACGUUUCUUCUGAAAUACUCUGUUCAUGUAUUCAAUGGUAGUUUGAAAUGCUAAUGCCUGUAAUUAAUAAUGUUGAUGAGAAGCCCAGUGGUUAUGGGUAACACAUGGUUUACACUCGCUGCUCUGAACAGUGCUGUCAUUUUUCUUUAGUUUUUGAUCUCGUGUGUGUAAAUAAGAACACUAAUUGAAAACACCUUGGAAGUCAGGUUAUUGAUUUAUGCAAACAAAAUUUGAACAUGUUUGAUUUGUUAUUAAAAACUCACUGAGGAGUUCAGCAACCAUCAGGGUGUACAGUGUGAGCUCAUUUGUUUGGAAUUGUACAUACAUAUUUGUUAAAUUUAAUAAAAAAAACUUUGUAUUGUCUGUAGAUAUUUGUAAAUAUAUAAAGACUUGAUUAUUAAAGAGUUUCUAUUGAAAUAA